UCUUGCCAUUGGCAUAUGGUGUGAUAGAUUCCGAGAACGAUAAGUCUUGGACGUGGUUCUUUGAGCAGUUCAGACAAGCUUAUGGAAUUAGGGAUAACAUGUGUGUUGUAUCGGAUAGGCAUGAGAGCAUUAUUAAGGCAGUGUUAAGAGUAUAUCCAACUGUGCCACAUUUGGCAUGUAUAUGGCAUUUAUGUCAAAGCAUGUCAAAGCAUUACAAGACGAAAGAUGAAGUAUUAUGCCCCGUAUUCUAUGCACUUGCAAAAGCAUACACACAAGAUGAGUUUGGAAAGCUCAUGGAGAAAAUUGAGAAGGUUGAUUAUCGGGUGAAAGAUUACUUGGAGAAUGCUGGAAAGGAAAAGUGGGCUCGACUGUAUUCACCAGUUCACAGAGGAUAGACAAUGACCUCAAAUAUAGCCGAGUGUAUUAAUGGAAAAGUAGUAGCAGCAAGAGAGUUGCUUGUUUUUUAUUUUAUUGAAGAAGUGAGAAAGAUAUUCGGAAGAUGGAAUUGCACUAAUAGAAGAAAUGGCACAUACACAUUCACAACUCUCGGGAAAGCAUUCCAGCAAUUAUUAUCAAUAAAUGAGUGUAAAUCUCUACGUAUAACGGUUGAACCAUCGACUGAAUUUGUGUAUAGCGUACAUGAUCAAUCAAGGCGUUUCAUAAUUGAUCUUAAAAAGAAAACAUGCCAGAUGUUCCAAAUGGAAGAGAUACCAUGUCCGCAUGCAUGGGCUGUUUUGAAGAGUAAGAGCCUUACGCCUGAUGAUUUUUGCUCAGAUCUAUUCAAACCAAAAACAAUGGUGAAGACGUAUAAUGUGCCAGUUGAUCCUCUCCCUGACAAGAGUGAGUGGAAUAUUCCCAAACACAUAUCCGAUGAAGUUGUUUUACCACCGAGAUAUAAGAGACCCCCAGGGAGGCCACAGAAAAAGCGAGACAAACCAUUAAUGGAGACGAUGAUUAGUAAACGUAGGAAUGCUUGUAGUACUUAUGGACGUCUUGGCCACAAUAGGCGUUCUUGUUGUAAUUAGCCUCGUAAGAAGUAAAUGUUUAGUUUGUAAGUGCAUUUAUUUGUUAUGGAACACUUAUCCCAGA